CACAGCGGCCCCCUGCACCAGCCCCUGGCACCGGUGCCAGCCCUGCCCUUCCAGGAUGUGGCCGGACCCUCCUUCCUACCUCAGGCGCUUCACCAGCAAUACCUCCUCCAGCAGCAGCUCCUCGAGGCACAGCACCGCCGGCUCAUGCCCCAUCCCAGGCGGGCUCAAGAGCGCGUGUCGGUUCAGCCUCAUCGCCUACACCCCAGCUUCGACUUCAGCCACCAACUGCAAACUCCACAACCCAUGGGUCCCCAGCCCAGGUAUUUAGCUGAAGGCACAGACUGGGAUCUCAGUGUCGACGCGGGACUGACUCACGCCCAGUUCCAGGUCCGGCCGGUCCCACAGCCCUAUCAGCAUUACUUAGCUACACCUCGGAUGCACCAUUUCCCCAGAAGCACAUCCUCGACACAGAUGGUUGUUCAUGAAAUCAGAAAUUACCCUUAUCCUCAGCUUCAGCUACUUGCUCUUCAGGGACUGAACCCAAGCAGGCACACGUCUGCUGUGCGGGAGAGCUAUGAAGAGCUGCUGCAGCUGGAGGGACGGCCGGGGGGGGGUUUUGCCGUCCAGAACACCAUCGAGAGGUUCACCUUCCCCCACAAGUACAAGAAGAGAAGACCGCAGGAGGGCAAAGCUGAGCAAGACGAUGGAGAAGAGUCAGACACCGAUGAGAAAUGCACAAUCUGUCUGUCCAUGCUUGAAGAUGGAGAAGACGUCAGGCGGUUGCCCUGUAUGCAUCUCUUCCACCAAGUGUGCGUGGACCAAUGGCUGGCCACCAGCAAGAAGUGCCCGAUCUGCAGGGUGGACAUUGAAACACAGCUCGGCUCGGACAGCUGAAAGGACUGGCUGGACACACCAUUUUCCUUACCAGGUCGUAUGGCCAUAAACCCUUGCAGCAAAAUUUUUGCCUUCUGAGCCAUUUGAUUGAGAGGAAAAGUCUGCAGGCACGUUAGUGAGGAGGAGGAGGCGGUACAAUAUCUAGCGGUAGGAGAUAUUGCACAUACGCAGGAUACGGGCCCGGUGAAAGGGAGCUGGCAUUCCCGGAGCUCAGAGACCCCGUGCUGCAGAAGAUUUAGUGUUGAACAUGAAGGAACUAGUUGUGGUAGUCUGGCCUGUCAAUCCUGCAUUUCAUGAGGAUUGUAUAUAUACCUCUCAAAUACGUAGAAACAUGUUAGGGGUCCUUUAGCUAUUUCUAUGGAUGGCAGCUGGAGCAUGUUAGCUUAAGAAAUGUUGUGUUUGAUGCCCUACUCAUCUUGUGGUGGACAUGUUGCUGUUACCUAAUUUGCACCAAAUAUUUUUUCAUAGAUUCCUUAUUUUGGUGCCUGAUUAAUACAUUGCAGAGGGGGAAUAAAGAGGUCAAGCUUUCCCACCCUUGGGGGGCAAGAGGCGAAAAAGCAAAAU